CUUCAAUUUUUUGUAUUAGCAUUUACCUAUUAUUUAGCAUUAUAUUCAUUACAAUCCCCGUCGUUAACGCGCAGUUUCAUAUUGCAAUACAAGCGCAAACGUCUCUUUUCGCCAUUCCUGCGACAUUGUUUUUAGAUUCUCAUUUCUCAUCCUAACUCUUUCACUAAUAUCAAAUUGUUGUCAGUUAACUGACAAUCAAGAAGUGAAAUUAACUAAAUUUUCAAUUUGACAAAAUUUGUUGGAAUGUUCUACGGUUCUUCAAAAAUUCAGAAUUUCACUGUUACCACAAUUCAUUUUAUUUUUAAGUUCAACAUGUUUCAGUUGGCUAUUUUUAGGGGAAUUUGAAGUACGUAUUCAUAAUUUUGACGAAUAAAUUGUGAAAAUCUAUAUCAGAUACAACUACGAAAAUGAAGUUUCCCAUGAAAUUUAUCAGCAAUAAAUCCGCCCCUUUGAAUCAACCAGUUUUGGUAAAGAAGCUUGUAAAAGAACUAGAACAUCUGCACUGGACUGGAAAGGAUGCCCGGAUUAUUUCCUUGGAACAUUGUGCUCUUCUGAUCUGCAUUUGGUCAGAAAUCCAGCUCUCGAUUUCCAAUAAUGUUGAAAACGCACGAGAAUUCAUUCGUCGAGGAGGUUUACAGUGGGUCUAUUGGUACGUAGUAGAGAAAGGCCUUGCUGCAAAGUCGGCUGAAUUGAAUUGUACCUUCAAAGAAAUCAUGAUCGGUCUUGCAAUCGCCAUGACGGAUGAGGGAAAGCCAUUAUUCAAGAACAAGUAUUAUGGUUGCCGAAAAAUCAUUGAGGAACGACUCUUCAUGGAGACUGUCAUCUAAUGAAAUUGACUACUUCAUAAAUUUAGUUGCUUGGAGAUAUGAAAAAUUAUUCAAAAAACGAUACGCCAUGAUUAGUGAACUUCCAAAUUUAAACAAACUUAUCAGUUACUGUUAGUUAAUCUGUCCUAGAUUUUUUAAAAAUCAAUAGGUGUUAAUUAUUGCUGAUGUAUAUUACUACAUACAUACAAUUACUACUUUUUGGGAAAAUCGGCAGAAAUAAAGUUGUUUUUUGCUUCUUAUUUA